AUGCCAGUUUUUGUGACUGGCCUGACAAUGGCAGAGGUGGUUGGUUCGGAGGUGGCAGCAGUGGGUGGCAUAGUGCUGGUUGGCACUGGGGUGGCAGCAGUGGGUGGCAUAGUGCUGGUUGGCACUGAGGUGGCAGCAGUGGGUGGCAUAGUUCUGGUUGGUACUGAGGUGGCAGCAGUGGGUGGCAUAGUGCUGGUUGGCACAGAGGUGGCAGCAGUGGGUGGCAUAGUGCUGGUUGGCACUGAGGUGGCAGCAGUGGGUGGCAUAGUGCUGGUUGGCACAGAGGUGGCAGCAGUGGGUGGCAUAGUGCUGGUUGGCACUGAGGUGGCAGCAGUGGGUGGCACAGAGUUGGCAGCAGUGGGUGGCAUAGUGCUGGUUGGCACAGAGGUGGCAGCAGUGGGUGGCAUAGUGCUGGUUGGCACAGAGGUGGCAGCAGUGGGUGGCAUAGUGCUGGUUGGCACAGAGGUGGCAGCAGUGGCUGUGGUAGAAGGCGCAGCAGUGGGCGGCACAGAGAUGGCAGAAAAGGGCGGCAUAACAGUAGGUGGCACAAUGAUAGAUAGCACAGAGGUGGCAGCGAUGGCUGUGGUAGUUGGAACAGCAAUGGCAGUAGCUUGUGCCACAGCAGUGGGUGUGAUGUUACAGGCAUCAGUGGCACUUGCUCUCUUAACGCUCUUACAUUUGCAGGAACCUAAAUGUGUAAUGAAAUCUGGCUUUCUUAAAAUUGUUGACUGACAGUACAAGCAAUGAUGCUGGGUUCGGCAGGGGCGACCGCAUCGAUGUAUGGU